GCGCGUCCAGCAGCAGCAGCAGCAGCAGGGUGAGGGAGCUGCGGGCGGUGAACGAGCUCCGUUCUGCGAUGACAUGCGCGUUGUUUUACCCCACGGUCCUCUCGGUGAGUUCCGGAAGUCCGCUGUUUCCCGUGUUGUUGCUGAGCGGACAGUGAGACGCCUCCAGCAUGCCCCCGAGGCUGGAGAAGAUCUUCUCCAACAGCAGGAUCGUGGCAGGACUGCUGGUCAACCUGCUCUCCUCCAUCUGCAUCGUCUUCAUGAAUAAAUGGAUCUACGUGCACUACGGCUUCCCCAACAUGACCCUGACCCUGGUGCACUUUGUGGUCACGUGGCUGGGGCUCUUCGUGUGCCAGCAGAUGGACAUCUUCUCCCCGAAGAGGUUGCGAGCUUCCAGCAUCCUGCUCCUGGCCUUGAGCUUCUGUGGCUUCGUGGUUUUCACCAACCUGUCUCUGCAGAACAACACCAUCGGGACGUACCAGCUGGCCAAAGCCAUGACCACCCCGGUCAUCAUCCUCAUCCAGACCACCUUCUACAGGAAGAGCUUCUCCACCAAGAUCAAACUCACUCUGGUGCCGAUCACGUUAGGAGUCGUCCUGAACUCCUACUACGACGUGAAGUUUAACUUGCUGGGGAUCGUCUUCGCUACGCUGGGGGUCCUGGUCACCUCUCUGUACCAAGUGUGGGUCGGAGCGAAGCAGCACGAGCUUCAGGUGAAUUCCAUGCAGUUGCUGUAUUACCAGGCGCCCAUGUCCUCUGCUUUCCUCCUCACACUCGUCCCCUUCUUCGAGCCCCUCACCGGAGAGGGGGGCAUCUUCGGCCCCUGGUCUCUGCAGGCCCUGGUGAUGGUGUUUGUGUCUGGAAUUAUCGCCUUCUUGGUGAAUUUGUCCAUCUACUGGAUCAUCGGGAACACGUCUCCCGUCACCUACAACAUGUUUGGUCACUUUAAGUUCUGCAUCACGCUGCUCGGGGGUUACGCGCUGUUCCACGACCCGCUGUCUCUGCACCAGGGCCUGGGCAUCGCCUGCACGCUCAGCGGCAUCCUCACCUACACACACUUCAAACUGAGCGAGCAGGAGGAGGGCAAGAGCCGGCUCGCGCAGAGGCCCUGAACACUUUACCCGCUGGACCACGUUUCUCACACACGGACAGACGGACGCCUCCGUACGCUUUAACCUGCCUCUUACGUUUCAGAUGAAACUAUUUUUACGUCAUGCUGUGUUUCAUUCAGUGUUAAAAUAAAGAACUGAAACAGUGAA